UUGGUGGGUGUGUGUAUAAAUUUGCUGAAGGAAUUGUUGGGGGUGGUUUGGUAGAGAGAGAGGAUAUUAAACCCAGAGAGAUAGUGUUGUCGGCGCAGGGUCACUUUCUGUCGGCAUUGUCUGUAUCCAACGAUGAUUCUCAUUGAUUAUUAAUUUCUAUUGAAUUCUCAAUUCAUAUAUAUUUUUUUUUAAUUCAAAAGUACAAACGGAGAUAGGUAGAUGCUUCAUGGGCGUGAUUCGUUUUCAUUAAACUUGCAGCCCAAAGCUGUCUCUGUGUUGUGUUGUGUUGUGUUGUUUUGUUUUGGUGUUGUUUCAUUGCUUUUGAUGAUUUGGACCUUCCUCCUCGUUUUUAAAGCCAACUGCACCAAUUCCAACAACUUCAACUAUUGCUCCUCAAUUCCUCAUCAUUUCUUUCUCUUCUCUCUGCCCACACCCUUUCCCUGAUUUCACUCAUUCACUCUAUCUAACUCUGGGCAUCUCUUGAUUUGUUCCCCCAAGAUCAUAAGGUUUUCCCGUUUCUUUCAAUGUUGUAAUGCGGGUGAUUUUCUAUUUGGGUGAUUCUGCUUCUAGGAGAUCAAUUCAAUUUCUCAUUGCCAAAUGAAGCUGAGGUUUCUGGAGAUCUGGCUGCAUUAUUUCUCUGGGAAUACAGUUGCUUCUUUGCGUUUGGUCUUCUUCCAUCUACAAAGUUUCCUAACAAAUGCAAAACAUCUCUGUUCUAUAAGAUUGUCUUCCGCCUGCUAGCUACCAACUUGCUUGCGUUAUCUUCGCAUCUAUACGAAUUGGAUCAUAUGUUCAAUGUAUAGUCAAUCAAAUCCCUGUUAUACUUUACUGCAUAGCUGAAGUAGUUCCCAUACCAGAUGUCAAGGACUCUUGCAGCAAUAUUAGGAGGUGCUGCAGGAGCCAUGGCAUUGGUGGGGAUAGUUGGUUUGCUUAUAUGGUUCUGCCUAUUUCAUAAACGUGGUGUUUCGAGAAGAUCAGAGACAGGGUCCUCGGAUCCAUCUGUUCAAGGAAGACAUCUUGGGGUUGAGUUAUCAUUACGGGAAGCUAAACGUUUUGAGAUUGAGGAGUUGUCUUCGGCGACCAAAAAUUUUAGUGAUCGAAACCUGAUUGGGGAAGGAAAAUUUGGUGAGGUAUAUAAGGGUUUGCUUCAAGAGGGGAUGCUGGUUGCCAUCAAAAAGCGCGCUGGAGUGCAUAGUCAGGAAUUCAUUGAUGAGGCAUGCUAUCUUUCAUCAAUUCAGCAUCGGAAUCUUGUCACUCUUUUGGGCUACUGCCAGGAAAAUAAUCAACAGUUUCUAAUAUACGAAUAUAUACCCAAUGGAAGCGUUUCCAUUCACUUGUACGGAGCUGGUCAAGUGUCACCUCAGAAGCUAGAAUUCAAGCAUAGACUUUCAAUAGCUCUAGGUGCAGCUAAAGGUUUGGCUCAUCUUCACUCCCUAAGUCCUCGAUUGGUACAUAAAGAUUUCAAAACAGCCAAUGUUCUUGUAGAUGAGAAUUUUAUCGCUAAGGUUGCAGAUGCAGGACUACGUAAUUUCCUGGGAAGAAUUGAUAUUGCUGGUCCUUCUUCUCAAGUGACAGCAGAUGAGAUAUUCCUUGCUCCUGAGGUGAGGGAGUUUAGACGUUUUUCUGAAAAAAGUGAUGUAUAUAGUUUUGGAGUAUUCCUUCUGGAGUUAGUAAGCGGACGGGAAGCAUCAGAAUUACCAUCAGACUCCACAGAGAACCUCGUUGAGUGGGUGCAAAAUAGUCGGGACUACAGCAACAUUUCCAGCAUGAUCGAUCAGAGGUUGGGGAGUAGCUUCACAGGUGAAGGCAUGGAAGAAUUCAUAAAGUUAAUGGUUCGAUGUGUGGAACCUUCGAGCGAGAGGAGACCUGCAAUGAGCUAUGUGGUAAUGGAACUGGAUAGGAUACUUGAUAAAGAGAUGAGCUUGACAACAGUGAUGGGGGAAGGAACCCCAACUGUGACCCUUGGGAGCCAGCUCUUCAGAGCAACAAAAUAAAAAGAAAAAAAGAAAAAGAAAAAAGAAAACUGUGUUUGCCUCCAAAUUGUGAGAGUGUGAUAUUGGUGAAGUAGAAAUUUUUGCAUUUUCUUUUUCCUUUGGGAAAACUUAGAGAGGAGAAUCAGCUGUUUGCUAAGUGUAUAAAGAACAGCUGUUAUUAAUUUUUUCAUUUUUUUUUCUUUUUUACCAUCAUAAAAUGCAUGAGAAAUCUUGUUGUAAACCAUUAUUUGUUGUUAAUAGCAAAGUGCUGGUGUGAUUUA